ACACUCAUAUCCAACGAAAGUUUGUGCUACUGUCCAGACUCACUGAAAAUCUUUCGUCUUUUUAUAUAGCACGAUGAAGUUGCUUAUUCUAACAUUUGCUUUGUACAUUGGCUUCGUUUUAUCGCAAGAAUAUAAUAAAGAAUCACAACGCCACAAACGCAAUUAUAUAACAAGUCGGCAAAACUUUUGCUACAAUGAAACUGGAUUUGAUAAAGAGAAGCAUACACAAAUACGACUUACACGUGCAUACCCAUUGGACAUCAGUUAUUUUUGUUUCGUGGGCUGUGCUACGACCCAGCCUAAAGGAUUGUUUCUCUCCACGAGAAGUAUGAACACAACUUUUCUUCUAGAGGCUUUAACUCGAACAUUCACGGUCGAGGAAGCAAAUAAUAUUAUUGAUAAGUGCAAAGAUAUAAAUACAAACGGUCUGUGUGCUACUGGAAGGAGUAUUCAUGAGUGCUUUGCUAAACAAGGAUUCAUGAUCGCAGAUUGGAUUGGAUACCUAGAUGGAGACAUUGUUUAGCUGCAAAUAGUUACUUAAAUAUUUUCUGCACCAUUUAUUUGUGCAAAUAUCAAUAUUUUUGACUAUUAUCACAAAGCUUUAUUUGAAAUUUCUUGCUUAAGAGUUCUAACUAUGUAACAGGUAUCUGAUACACUUCGUGCUUCAUUAAAACUGUCAAAAUUACUUGGAAGU